AUGGAGUUGGCUACUUUUGCUUACAUCACUUUUAAGGCUCUUAUUUGGUCUAAAGGUUACUGGAUCAGCUUUGUCUUGCACGGAUUCUUCAUGAGACUUAGAUACGAGAAGUCCAUAUUCACCAGAACCUGUUUCAAGAAGCUUGAGGUUAGAAUUGAUGGCUUGACGUCUCAUCCAGCUCUUCCUCCCGUUGUUAAGAAGUACUGGAUCGAUUUAAAGACUCAAUUGAUGGCUCUUUCCAAUCGAUUCAAGCUUCUUCAGGAGAAGAAACAAGAGUAA